ACACGUGAAGGCCUAGGAGUUGGUGUGGAGUUCAUCUCGGUGCGCGUGGCUCCGCUGGGAUGGAUUCCUCCUUGAGUUUCUCCUCUGUGGGUUUGGGCUCAGUGGACCCGCAGCUGCAGCAUUUCAUGGAGGCAGAGACUCAGAAGCAGCGCUUCCAGCAGCUGGUGCACCAGAUGACGGAAGUUUGUUGGGAGAAGUGCAUGAACAAGCCCGGGCCAAAGUUGGACAGUCGGGCAGAGGCCUGUUUUGUGAACUGCGUUGAGCGCUUCAUUGAUACAAGCCAAUUCAUCUUGAAUCGAUUGGAACAGAAAUCCAAGUCAGCCUUCUCAGAAAGCCUUUCUGACUGAUUUCAGCAUUACCUUUUUGGAAAAGGAAGGUAGUUCAAGAAUGGUUGAAGAAAAGGCUAUGGGGAGAUUGGCUCCCACCCCUGGCACUCUUGGAGCAUCUGGUCAUCUGAGAAUGAACAAAGACCAAUAUUUUUGUGUGUUUGAGGCUUGGGGGCCUUAUGUGUAUUUGGUUGUGUGUGUUUUUAAUGUUAAUCUUGUGAAAACAAUUGACAUCUGAAUGGAAAACUUUCCUAGAUGCAUAUUACUGUAGUGGGAAUAUGUUUUUCUGAACGUCCCAUUAACUGCUUCUUAUAAUUUGGGUAGUGGAACUGCUUCUUGUAAUUUGAUAGCGGGACCACCUGGGUAAAAUCUGUCAUUUGUGUGGAUUUGUUUCAGAUGCCUAGGGACAUUGAUACAUAUCCUGGUGUCUCUGGGAAAGGGUGGAGAUGGGGGAAGACUUAUUUGGUACUUAACUAGUGUUUUGACCAUCAGUGCUGGGGAAAAAAAUCUAUGGGAUAUUCAUACAAUACAGCUCAGCUUUCUAAAUUAUCUCCCUUCCGUAUACUGUGAUUUACUUAAGUCUCUAUUUAAAGCAGCAGUUUUCAACCUGUGGGUCGCGACCCCUUUGGCGGUCAAACGACCCUUUCACAGGGGUCGCCUAAGACCAUCCUGCAUAUCAGAUAUUUACAUUACGAUUCAUAACAGUAGCAACAUUACAGUUAUGAAGUAGCAACGAAAAUAAUUUUAUGGUUGGGUCACAACAUGAGGAACUGUAUUUAAACGGCCAGAAGGUUGAGAACCACUGAUUUAAAGUAUGGUCUCAAGGUAGUACAGGCAACCUGAGUAUCUAGAGGCCUUUAGUUAUAAAGCAAUCUAGCCAGUGAGCAUAAUUCUCAUUACUAAAGUACCACGAGGAAGAAGUUAACUAACCCUGUAUAUCAGGGUCAAAGAAAUUCAAAGAUGGGCCUAAAUAAGUUGUAAAGAUUUAGGCCUAUCAAAAACUAACAACAGUUUCAGGUAGAGGUGCAUGCCUAAGGUUAAUCAAUCAGUA